AUGUCAGAAUUUCAUUCAUGGUGGCCACCUAUUCGUGUUGCUAUAUUACAUUCUACUGGAUCAGGUUACGGAAAACCGAAUAAACUUAUACAAACAAUAUCCAAUAAUCCAGGAAGUGUAUUACUAACCACCUAUGCUACUCUGGUAACCUAUCGCGAUGUACUGACAAGUCGAAAUUGGUCAUAUAUUAUUUUAGAUGAAGGCCAUAAAAUAAAGAAUCCAGAAGCUGAAGCCACAUUGGCUGUAAAACAUUUCUCAACUCCGCAUCGACUAAUUCUUUCUGGUAGUCCUAUUCAAAAUAAUUUACGCGAGUUAUGGUCAAUUUUCGAUUUUGUAUGCCCGGGACGCUUGGGACCACUACCGGAAUUUAUGCAACAAUUUUCUAUACCGAUUACUCAGGGAGGUUAUGCUACUGCCUCACCACUUCAAGUUGAAACAGCAUAUCAAUGUGCAUGUACCCUACGCGAUCUUUUAAAGCCAUACCUUAUUCGCCGACUCAAAGCUGAUGUACAAAUACAACUGCCGUCUAAAUCUGAACAAGUUUUAUUUUGUCGACUAACGGAAUAUCAACGGAAACUUUAUCGCGAAUAUUUGGAAUCACAAACAUGUAAAGAUCUGUUAAAUGGUAAAGGCAAUAUUUUUCCGUCUUUAAUCCUAUUGCGAAAUCUAUGCAAUCAUCCAGAUUUGGCUACAGGUGGACCGAGAGAUAGUUGUUUUUUAAAUGAAGAAUAUGAAGUUGAUAAACAAGGCAUUGAAAAUGUCUGCUUAUCUUAUUCAUGGUCGAGAUUUGGUUGUCCACGUCGAUCUAGUAAAAUGUUAGUGGUUGCUUCACUUCUUAAGAAUUGGUUUGAUCAAGGACACAAAGUUUUACUAUUUUCACAAAGUCGUAGGAUGCUUACAUUACUUGAACGUUUAGUACAGUUGAUGAAAUUAUCAUAUCUUAGAAUGGAUGGAACAACACCUAUUAGUCAACGUCAUGAACUUAUUCGACGUUUCAACUAUCGUUCAACAAAUAAUACUGAACAUACAACAUCAGAUCCUUGUGAUAUAUUUGUAUUUUUGUUAACUACACGUGUUGGUGGUCUGGGAGUAAAUUUAACUUCAGCUAAUCGUGUACUUAUCUAUGAUCCUGAUUGGAAUCCAACUACAGAUUUACAAGCACGUGAAAGAGCCUGGCGUAUUGGACAAUUACGUGAUGUUAUUGUUUACCGUUUAUUGACUAGUGGAACUAUUGAAGAGAAAAUUUAUCAGAGACAAAUAUUUAAACAAUUUCUUACUAAUCGAAUUCUUAAAAAUCCACGUCAACAACGUUUUUUUAAAACGAAUGAUCUUCAAGAGUUAUUAAGCUUUGAAGGUGAUACAGAUAUGCAAGAUAAUUGUGAGACAACUUUAUAUCUACAAUCAGAAGGUAUGGGACAUACAGUAACUGAUAAUUAUUCAUCAACAACAUCAUCCAAUCGAUUUGAUAGACUUGCUCAAAAACAAAAAGAUAAAUCAUCACAACAGAAGCAUUGUGAUUUGGAUAAAGCAGAGAGUAGCAGUGAUGGCGAUGACGAUGAUGAUGGUGAUGAAGACGAAACAAUGGAGGAUAAUCAAGAGGAGAAAGACAGCAUGAUGAAGAGUACAAAAAGAAAGAAAAUAACAGAUGACAGUGUAAAGUGUAGUUCAUCAUCUGAGAAUACCAAUCCACAAGAUGAGCGUAAAAUUCAACUUCGAAAGCUUGCCAAAGAAAUAAGCCGUCGUAUAUCUGAAGGAUGCUUGGAUAAAAAUGAUCCAGUUGAAUUUACUUCACCUGAUAAUAACAAUAAUAAUAGACAGAAUAAGCAGAAAUCUUCAAGUCGACAUUAUAAGCGUAAUAGUGAUAAUACUAGAGGUGUGAGAGUAGAUGGAAAAAGAAUUAAACUUGUCGCAAAACAGUGUAAAUAUGAUGUCGGUGAUGGCGUUGAUAUAUCCAUAUCUCGAAAUGAUCAUAAACUUAGUAAUUUGGAUAAAAAUAUAACCACUGGUCUGGAAAAAGAUGAUGAUUUUAUUAGAACUGUUCUAACAGGCGCCUCUUCCUCGUCUUCGUAUGGAAAUGAAACAGACAGCAAUAUGCUAACUGCUUCACUUACAAAGAAGAGAUCAGUUGUAGAUCAAGAUAUACGUGAAGAAGCGAAUCGGAUUGCUAAUGAAGCCUUGAAAAGCAUUCAGAGAUUUUAUAAAUCUAGUAGGACAAAGUCUAAAGAAUCAACUGAGAAAAACAAAGAAAACGUCAGAAAAGUAAAUCAUAAAGAAUCAUUGAAAAGAAGUCAUUCAAAUCAUCUGUCUUCAACUGAUAAAUCAUCUAAACUAAAAGAAAUCGAAUCCCAAAAUAGUUCACCUUUCCUAAGUCACAUAACUCAAAUAGUCCAACAUGAUCAAUUAUUAGACGAAAUGACAAAUCCAAAUCAUAUUGAUGUAUCGUUCAAUCAAAUAGAAGCGAAUCGGUUAGCCAGUAAUGCAAUUAAAGCUUUACAAGAAGAAGUAAUUAGCUGGCAACGACAACAACUUCACCUCUCUUCCUCUUCUACUCAAAAUACUGAACAUAAUUUCCACGAGGUUACUUAUCCAUUCGGUCAGGCUAAAAAUCGUUUUCUUUGGAAUCCAAAUGAAUCGACGAGUAUACAGCUUUUACAAUUGUCAGGUGAAUCGGAAGAUACAAGCGAAAAGUGUUAUUAUGAAAAUUCAGCUAGAUGUCAUGUUAGAUUCAGUUCAGAGCUAUUGUUCAGUCUUAUUCGUUUACGCAAAAUUUCUCGUGAAAGUCAUGCAUGCAAUUCAACCGAUCAGGAAUCAGUUAAUUCUUCGCUAAAUCCGUCAAUGCAACGUCUUUGUGCCGAAAUUAUUCGGAUACUUAGUAGUUCUCCAUGUGUUACUAGUGAAUACUUGAGUGUUCGAUUUGCAAAUAUUUUAAAUAAUAAUAAUAAUUCAGAAGACUGUAAGAAAGGUUUAAAACAAAGCGCUAUAAACAGUGUUUCAAACAGAACUGCUACUAUAACUGCACAGCAUUUUCGUGCAGUGCUUAAACAAUUAGCUAUCAGACAUCGAGCGAAAAAACAAAAUCAUCCAUCAGAUAAGCCUUCACGUGGUCGUCUAGAUGAUAUUUGGAUAUUACGUGAUAAAUUUCGACCAGUCGCUAGCUACCUGUUUCUGCAUUUGGCAUCGGUUGAAAGACUGAAUCAACCUAAUACUACUAUUUGA